CCCCGCGAAUCUGCCGGCCUCUCCUCGUCGUCGUCUUCUCUUUCCCAAAACCACCGCACCAUAAAAAUAACUUCCACUCCUCCGCCCCCUGCCUCCCUCAUCCAUCUCGUCCCCUCCCACUCCGAUCUCCUCCUAUUCCCGAUCCCGCCAUGGAUCCAGCGCCGCAGACCCACCCCAUCCUCUCCUACGUGCUCUCCCGCAUCCCCACCCUCUCCAAGCCCAAACCCUCCUCCCCCUCCUCCGAAUUCGACAUCGAGCAGCCGCCCGUGCACACGCCGUCCCCGCGGACGCCGUCCUCCGCGGGGGAGUUCGAGCUCGUCGAGCGCAUGCCGGGGCUGCGCCACCCGUCCGUGCUCCGCGCCAUGACCCGCGCCGUCGCCGACGUCUCCGCCGCGCGCUCCGCGCUCCAGGUGCUCGGCCCGCGCCCGGACCACGAGCUCGUCGACACCUCCCGCUCCAUCGUCGCGGCGGCCGAGGCGGGGGACAUGCAGAUCCCCGAGGCCGACCUCGAGGGGUGCCGCGCGGUGGUGCGGCUCGAGGAGACCCACGACGCAUACGAGGCCUUGCUGCAGGAUGCCGAGGGGAGGCUCGAACGGGUGUACCGGUCGGCGAUGCAGGGGACGGACCUGGACGAUGAGGCUGCGGCGGAGGGGAAGGGGGAGGGUUAUGCGCCGGCGGCUGCGGGGGACGCGGCGCUGCAGGAGGAGGUGGUGGCGGUGCUGAAGGAGGCCGAGGAGGGGAGGCCGGUGGAGAGCGUGCGCCUCGUGGAUCGGCAGCUGGGGCAACUGCCUGAGGCGUUCGGGAGGAUCCAGGGGCUCCGCGUGCUCGACGUCUCGCGCAACCAGCUCGAGGUUAUCCCAGAUGCUAUAGGAGGACUUGAUCAUCUUGAAGAGCUUCGUCUCACUUCUAAUGCUUUGGUUUCUCUUCCUGAUUCCAUUGGAUUGCUAUCUAAUCUGAAGAUUCUGAACGUGUCAAGUAAUAGGCUGAGGGCACUGCCAGAUACCAUCUCAAAGUGCAGGUCACUGGUUGAGCUUGAUGCAAGCUACAACGGGCUCAUUUAUCUUCCAACAAAUAUUGGCUAUGAGCUUGUAAAUCUACGAAAACUCUGGGUCCACAUGAACAAACUGCGGUCUUUUCCAUCAUCUGUCUGCGAGAUGACGUCACUAUACCUGCUGGAUGCCCAUUUCAAUGAACUAUGCGGUCUUCCAUCUGCCUUCGGGAAACUUAGCAGUCUUGAAAUUCUCAACCUUAGCAGCAACUUUAGUGACUUGAAGGAGCUCCCCGCUUCAUUUGGUGACCUGCUGAAUCUGCGUGAGCUUGAACUGAGCAACAACCAGAUCCAUGCUCUUCCUGACACUUUUGGUCGGCUGGAUAAACUGGAGAAGCUUAACCUAGAGCAGAAUCCCCUGUCCGUGCCGCCAAUGGACAUUGUGAACAAAGGCGUAGACGCAGUGAAAGAGUACAUGUCAAAGAGGUGGCAGGACAUCUUGCUCGAGGAAGAGCAGAAGCGCAUCGCAGCGGAAACCCCACAAGCAACAUCAACUCCCAAAGCUUGGCUCGCGCGCAGCGUCUCCUGGGUCUCGGACGUUUCUGGGAGCCUUGUAGGGUACCUCAGUGGGAAUGACAAGUCGGAGAAAGAUGCAUACCUGGACCAGCAGUUCUGAUUCCUGAAACUUCAUUUGCCUGGUGUUUGCUUGUGCGCCUCAUGUACAUACAACUAAGUUUUACCAAAUCUUGACAAGGAAAAUCAUUUUGUGUUCCUAGUGAGUCAGGCAAUACACUCUUUAUUCAGUUGUUACUUUGUUGAAUAAUAGUGCGGAAACUGAAUAGGACUUGAGAGUGCACUCAAGAUGACCAUUGUGAAGAGAUCAACUUGUAUUCAGUUAUUUGGAAUUCUUGCUACAAAUAUGGUCUGUAUUCGUUGGUUUCAAUUUGUCCCCGAAAGGGGUUACGUU